UAAUUCAUUAUUUACCAUCAAUUUAUUAAAUUUACGUAAUAGUAUAUAUAUGUAUAUAUAAUAAUGAAUGAAACACUACACUGAAAGUGACUUAUUUAACUUCGGAUGUAUAUAACAGAAACAUUCUCUAUAAUACGAAAUAUUACUGUAUUUAUUUACGCAUAUUAUGUGUAUAUUAUUAUCUAAUCUGGUUUAGAUUGUAGUAUUAUUUGAUAAUGUACUACUGUCACAUGUAGUUCAUUCAUGGUUCAUGAUUUUAUGUUAUAAAAAAGCAACAUAAAAUACAAAUUUUUUCUGAAAUAAUUAAAAUUUAUUAUUAAACAUUGUUAAAAAAUAAAAAAAAUAGGAAAUAUGAGUGGUAUGUGCUCUCGAUAUAUAAUAACGCGAAAUAUUUUUCACCAUUAUCGAAGACAAGAUUUCGUUGUUCCUUCAUCUUUUGUACCAUAUUUAUCUUCCAAACAAAUACGUAGCAAUUCUGAUUCUGUAAUACCAGUAAAAUUAGCAUAUGUUUCCUAUGAAUCUAUGGAUGGGAAUAAAAAUGCUUCCAAACGACCUAUAAUAAUAAUGCAUGGUCUUUUUGGUUCAAAGACUAAUUGGAACUUAUUAUCAAAAACAAUUCAUCGGGAUACAGACCGUAAGGUGAUAACUGUAGAUGCAAGAAACCAUGGAGAUUCCCCACAUUCUUCAGACAUGACAUAUAAUCAUAUGGCACAGGAUAUAGUUCAACUUAUGAAUGAUUUAGGAUUUCAAAAAUCUAUAUUAAUAGGACAUAGCAUGGGUGGUUCUACAAUGAUGUAUGUAGCUUUAAAUUACCCACAGCUAGUAGAGAAAUUAAUAAUAGUUGAUAUGUCUCCGGUGAGGGCCAGUCCUCAGCUCAUGGAAAUGGAAAAAAUAUUCAAAGCCAUGCGCACAGUAAAUUUAGAAGGAAUCCCAACAUUGACAAAAGCACGUAAUAGUAUAAGAGAUCAACUUGCAAAUGCUAUUAAAUCAUUACCUUUACGUCAGUUUUUAGUAAUGAAUUUAGUAGAAGCAGAUAUUGGGAAAUAUAAAUGGCGGGUCAAUUUACCUGUAUUAGAGCAAAACUUUGCAUCACAAAUAGCUGUAUUUCCAGAUGUAGGAUCAAAAGUAUACAAUGGACCGACAUUAUUUAUCGGUGGUUCUAACAGUGAUUAUAUAAGAGUAGAAGAUCAUGAUAAAAUAAAAAAAUUAUUUCCAUCCGCUAGAUUUACUUAUAUAAAUGGUGCAAAUCAUUGGGUACAUGCAGAUAAACCAACAGAGUUUUUAAAAACAACGAUUGAUUUCGUUAAUCAGACAUAAUUUAUUAUCAUUUCAUAUGUAAAAAAAAUACACAAUAUGUUUUGUAAAUAUAUACAUGUAUUUGUGAAGAUUUUGACAUUACAUAUAAAUCAAGAGAAAAAUAGUGAAGUAAAAUAUAAUUUUAUGCAAUAUAAAUAAAUCAUAAAUUUUGUGCUUGUUAAAAACUUACAAAGCUCAUCUCUUUAGCCUCUUGUUUGUUGCUUUCAUAAAAAAUACAUUCAAUGUCAUUAGUUAAGAUUUAAUAGUGAUAAAACUGACAAACAGCUUUACACAAGGCCAUAUUUAAAACAAUAACUAUUGAAAUAUUAGGCAUCAUAAUAGAAUUUUUAAUUAUUAUAAAAUUAAAAAAUAUUUAUUUAGCUAUAAGUUCAAUAUAGAGAAUUGUUUAAUUAGAUAUGUAUUCAAUUAGAAGAGUGAAAAGUUGCAUGUGAAGCAAAUUCAACUUUUAAACAUUAAUCUAAAAAUUUGUGAAAAUUGCAAUUAUUUAUAAAAAGAAAUAAAUUUCGAAUUUUAAAUUAGCUAAAUAUUUGC